CUGCCCUCGGCGCUUCCGGGUUUCUCAUUAUUCCUCCAUGCCCACGUCAUCACACCUCUGCCCUGUGUACAGUGCUUAGUGCCCCCGCCCCUUCUUCACCCUUCACCUCUCUGCGUUUCCCAAGCACCGGGGCCUUUUCCUUUACCCUCCGGUGCCGGAGAUCCGUGUGCUCUCCCUGCCCGCGCCUUACAGUCUUCUUCACCAUGAAUUUCCUAAGGGGAGUGAUGGGAAGUCAGCCAAGCUCCGGGGUGCAGCCAUCUGGAGCGGACACUAUCCAGAAGUUGUGCGACAGAGUUGCUUCAUCAACUUUACUAGAAGACCGAAGAGAUGCUGUAAGAGCCCUGAAGUCAUUAUCAAAGAAAUAUCGUCUUGAAGUGGGCACUCAGGCAAUGGACCAUCUUUUGAAUGUGCUACAGACUGAUCGAUCUGAUUCUGAAAUCAUUGGCUAUGCACUGGAUACAUUGUACAAUAUUGUGUCCAAUGAUGCAGAGGAGGCUGCCGAAUCUGAAGAAGAGAGCCAACAAGUACAGACAGAUGAUCUUGGACUCAAGUUUGGAGAAUUGUUAUUGAAACAACAGGAAAAUGUCACUCUCUUAUUGUCAAUUUUGGAGGAGUUUGAUUUCCAUGUGCGCUGGCCUGGAGUGAAACUACUGACUACUUUACUUAAGCAGCAAGGCUCUCAAGUGCAGCAAAUUGUUUUAGUCAGCCCAAUGGGUGUUUCCAGGCUUAUGGAUCUUCUGGAUGAUUCAAGAGAGGUGAUCCGUAAUGAUGGUCUUUUAUUGCUUCAGCAGUUGACAAAAGGCAAUGCGGCUAUUCAGAAAAUUGUAGCUUUUGAAAAUGCUUUUGAGAGACUACUUGACAUAAUCACUGAAGAGGGAAACAGCGAUGGUGGAAUUGUAGUAGAGGACUGUCUAAUAUUACUUCAGAAUCUAUUGAAAUAUAACAACUCCAAUCAGAAUUUCUUCAAAGAAGGAUCCUACAUCCAGCGAAUGAAGUCUUGGUUUGAAGUGGGAGAUGAUAACUCAGGCUGGUCUGCACAGAAAGUCACUAACCUUCACUUGAUGCUGCAGCUGGUUCGUGUUCUGGUAUCUCCAAUGAAUCCCCCCGGUGCCACUAGCAGUUGCCAGAAAGUCAUGUACCAGUGUGGUUUACUGCAGCAGCUUUGCAUCAUCUUAAUGGCAACCGGCGUUCCUGCUGACAUCCUAACAGAGACCAUAAACACAGUGUCUGAGGUCAUAAGGGGAAGCCAAACUAACCAAGACUACUUUGCAUCUGUAAAUGCUCCAUCAAAUCCACCAAGACCUGCAAUUGUUGUACUUUUGAUGUCCAUGGUGAAUGAAAGACAGCCAUUUGUUUUGAGAUGCGCCGUCCUAUACUGCUUUCAGUGCUUCCUCUACAAGAAUCAAAAGGGUCAAGCGGAAAUUGUAGCAACUCUUCUGCCCUCAACUAUUGAUGCAACGUCACUCUCAGCCGGACAACUGCUCUGCGGAGGCCUGUUUUCUACAGAUUCCCUUUCCAACUGGUGUGCCGCAGUUGCGUUGGCUCAUGCUCUGUUAGAGAAUUCUACCCAAAAGGAGCAGCUGCUGAGGGUUCAGCUUGCAACCAGUAUUGGCAACCCUCCCGUGUCCUUGCUGCAGCAGUGCACCAACAUCUUAUCACAGGGAGAUAAGAUCAACAGACGGGGUAGUAAAUUACAGACCAGAGUUGGGCUGUUAAUGUUGCUGUGCACUUGGUUAUCCGACUGUCCCAUCGCUGUUACACAUUUCCUUCACAAUGCAGCUAAUGUGCCUUUUCUGACAGCGCAGAUAUCAGAGAAUCUUGGGGAAGAGGAGCAGCUUGUUCAGGGUUUGUGUGCUCUUCUGCUGGGAAUCUGCAUUUACUACAAUGAUAGCUCAUAUGAAAAUAAUACCAAAGAAAAGUUGAAGCAGUUGAUAGAGAAGAGAAUCGGGAAGGAAAUCUUUAUAGAGAAACUAAGCUUUAUCUAUAAGCAUGAAUAUUACUCAAAGGCUGCUCAGAAACCUCAGCCUACUUUCUCUAGUCCUGAUCACAUGAUGUUUGAUCACGAAUUCACAAAAUUAGUCAAGGAACUAGAAGCUGUCAUUACAAAGGCUGUCUACAAAUCUAGUGAAGAAGACAAACAAGAGGAAGAGGUUAAAAAGUCUUUGGAGCAGCAUGAUAACAUUGUGUCACGCUACAAAAAUGUCAUCCGAGAACAGGACAUUCAGCUGGAUGAGCUGAAGCAAUCUGUUUCUACUUUACAAGCGAAGAAUGAACAGUUCCAAACUACAGUCUCACAGCAGCUCGCCCAAAUUCAGCAACACAAGGAUCAGUACAAUCUUCUGAAGGUACAACUAGGAAAAGAUAACCAGCAUCAUAACGCCCACAGUAGUGGUGCACAGGUUAAUGGCUUCCAACCAGAAGAGGUCAGUCGAUUGAAAGAGGAAAUUGAAGAAUUGAAAAAACAACAGGAUUUACUGAAAGGAGAGCUGGCAGAGAAAAACACCCUCAUACAGAAUCUGAGCAGUCAAGCUGGUAGUCAGACAGAGCAAAUUACGGAAGGAUCUGAACAAGCUACAGAGCUACAAAAGGAUAUAGAAACACUAAGAUCUCAGCUAUACGUUCAGUCAUCAGAAAUCAACAGACUACAAACAGAAAGGAUGGAACUCCUGCAAAAAAUAGAAGCAAAUGCUACAGCAGCAGCACCUGGUGACCAUGCACCUCAAGCUAAAAAUAAUGAACUUGAAGAGAAAGUGGCAAGUUUGUCGAAGGAGCUUAACAGUAUAAAGGAAGAACUGAAAGCUGCAUCUGAAGAGAGAGCCUCUUUAAAACAGGAACUAGACUCUGCUCGCAGCACAGCAGCCAUUUUACAAGAUGAAAAACUUAAGCUGACACAGGAGGUCUCUGAGUCUAAGAAGGAACAGGAUGAUCUUCUGAUCCUCUUGGCUGAUCAAGACCAAAAAAUAUUUUCUCUAAAGAAGAAGCUAAAAGAACUUGGAGAGCAGGUGGAAGAUGAUGAUGACUUAGAGUCCGGGGAUGCCGCUGAUGAAGAUGAUCUGGAUGAAGACGAUGGCAGGGAAGAUGACAUGUAGAGGCUUGCGUUGUGUAAACACCUAGUUGUCAUUUUCCUGAAGAGUGAAAUCUCUAGUAAUUUCCCUAAUUCAGCCUGUAGAGCGGUCAUGCGAGAGGGUAUGCAAAUGGCAGAUCUUUAGAGGUUAGCGCAGUUGCCAUACGCUUAUACAGUUAAGUAAAUUCGAGAAAAACAGGGCAGUUGUUAGGAAAGUGGUUUGUAUAUGUUGUCAUUUAUUAUUAAGGCAGUGUUAUUUCAGCACCUUGGUGGUGCUCCCUGUUUUCUUAAGGGAAAAACAUUGCUGUGCAAUGCCAGAUCUUCAGUGCUUGUGCAAAUAUCUCUGCCUGUUUAGCUCUCCAGAUGCAGCCAGUUCAUCUCGCUGCAUGAAGGAACACUGUGGCAUUAAAAUAGAACUGUGUUCCUCAUAGCCAAACUCUAUGUUCUCUUCUGGAUCUGGAGACAGAAGAGAACAUUGAGGAUUCUAAGUUAAAACUCCUCAGUUCCUUUUCUCUUUAGAUUAUGUGAAUGAGUGUAGAAGACAUGAGAUGUGAUGUUUAAUGCCUUCACUCCUGCAACAGUUGCGUUAUUCAUCUGUUAAGGCAAUGUCCUCUUCUGUUGCAAUGGUGGAGGAAUCAGUGUUUGUAGCAACGCUAAAUUCUCAUUUCUUUUUAUUUACGCCAGGCAUUUUUUUUUUUUUUAAGUGGACAGAAGGUUAGGAAACACAGAUACCCCAUUUAUGAUGUUUUCUUCAGUGGUUUACUUUGCUAUGAAAGAGAAGACAAAUUAUAUAAUUUAUUGGCUUAAAUUGAGCCAUAGAAAAUUAUUAACAGAUCGACAUUUUAAAGGAGUGAAAAAUAUGAAUUACAUUAAUUUCAUGUUUUACAAAUAAAACAGUGCAUUUACUUACCACUUUU